AUGGCUGCCACCGCUACCGCUACCAACCUCGACAAUCUCAAAUCCUCCGUCGCUGGAUUGGAGCAAAUCAGUGAGAAUGAGAAAAACGGAUUCAUCAACCUCGUCUCUCGUUAUCUCAGCGGCGAAGCGCAACAUGUAGAAUGGAGUAAGAUCCAGACGCCUACUGAUGAAGUCGUUGUGCCUUAUGACACUUUGGCGCCAACUCCUGCUGGUUCUUCUGAGAUUAAGAAUCUUUUGGAUAAGCUUGUGGUGUUGAAGCUUAACGGAGGCUUGGGGACAACUAUGGGUUGCACUGGUCCAAAAUCCGUCAUUGAAGUUCGUGAUGGACUGACUUUUUUAGAUUUGAUUGUCAUCCAAAUUGAGAAUCUCAAUUCCAAAUAUGGGAGCAAUGUUCCUUUGCUUUUGAUGAACUCAUUCAACACUCAUGACGACACCCAAAAGAUUGUUGAAAAAUACCAAAACUCGAAUAUUGAUAUUCAUACUUUUAACCAGAGCCAAUAUCCUCGAUUGGUUGCUGAUGACUUUUUACCAUUGCCUUCGAAAGGGAACACUGGCAAGGAUGGGUGGUAUCCUCCUGGUCAUGGGGAUGUCUUCCCAUCAUUAUCGAACAGUGGAAAACUUGAUGCACUAUUAUCACAGGGUAAAGAGUAUGUGUUUGUUGCCAAUUCAGAUAACUUGGGAGCUAUAGUUGACUUGAAAAUCUUAAACCAUCUGAUCGAGCACAAGAAUGAAUACUGUAUGGAGGUAACUCCCAAAACAUUGGCUGAUGUUAAGGGUGGCACUUUGAUUUCUUAUGAAGGAAGGGUUCAGCUCCUGGAAAUUGCACAAGUCGCAGAUGAAAAUGUUGGUGAAUUCAAGUCAAUAGAGAAGUUUAAAAUUUUCAACACAAAUAAUUUGUGGGUGAACUUGAAAGCAAUCAAAAGACUCGUCGAAGCUGAUGCCCUUAAGAUGGAAAUUAUUCCCAAUCCAAAGGAAGUUGAUGGAGUAAAAGUUCUUCAGCUGGAAACUGCUGCUGGUGCAGCAAUAAGGUUCUUUGACAAGGCUAUUGGGAUUAAUGUUCCUCGAUCCCGAUUCCUUCCAGUGAAGGCAACUUCAGAUUUGCUUCUUGUCCAGUCAGACCUCUACACCUUGGAAGAUGGAUCUGUCAUUCGGAACCCAGCUAGGGCUAAUCCUGAAAACCCUGCUAUUGAACUGGGGCCUGAAUUUAAGAAGGUUAGCAACUUCUUGAGCCGCUUCAAGUCAAUUCCUAGUAUCGUUGAGCUUGACAGUGUAAAAGUGGCUGGCGAUGUAUGGUUUGGAGCUGGUGUCAUCCUCAAGGGGAAAGUCAGUAUUGUUGCCAAAUCUGGCGUAAAGCUGGAAAUUCCUGACGGAGCUGUAAUUGAAAACAAGGAAAUUAAUGGCCCAGAGGACUUGUGA